CUAAAUGAUAUUCGCUGGAUUCAGAAAAUGUUCGAAAGUUUUGUACAUGAUUAUAAGAAGGGAUGGAUUAAGAACAGUAGAAACAAAACAAUGAUGGGGAUUGCGGAAAGCUGUUGCAUAGACUUUGCGGCGCAGAAGCAAACGUCAACUGAACGAGAGCUUCUGUUAAUUCGAAACCAUCCUAACAGAAUUCGACGCCGCUCAUCUGUUGUUCCAACGACCCCGCGUAUCAGAGAAAAUAAAAUGCUCGAAGAAUUGUGUGAUGUCUCAGGAAUCGAACCUGAUGUACCAGCCGAUAGAAUGGGCACGUCUGAUUUGACCACAUUAGUAAGAAGGUUAUCUCGUUACACGCCGGGUCCAGCUAAAACAAACUUGCAAAGUGGCAGCAGUGACGUGGCAACCUCUCCUACAUUUGCCGUAACAAACACACAUAAAAUAGAACCAUCGGCAACAGACGCAUCUUUAACUCGAAUUCUAAACAGUUUGAAAUAGAAGCGUGAAGAAGUUUUGAUGCAGAGUAAUUAAACAACACGACCGAUUUCAAUAUUUUUCAGAAUUACACAUCAAUCGAACCAAAAUACAAAUGUUCCCUUUCUCCG